AUGUUCUUUUCAUUAAAAUUAAAAAUAAGAGUUCAGUUGUUUUUAAGCGCUCGAAUCGAAAUGAGUGAAUUUACGGAGAGUCUAGAAAAAAUAUUUGAAGAUAAUUGUGAGCAUUUAUGUAAAUUUGAAGGAUGGAUAUCUACGCAACCGCAUAUACCAAACAAUAUUUCAAGAGUUGUCUUGAUGCGCUACUUUAAAGUUUGUGAUUAUAACCUUGAGAGGGCCGAAAAGCUACUCGACAUAAAUGUGAAAUUUAGAAUCAAACAUCAGUAUUUGUUUACAAACCGAGAUCCUUAUUGUGAUGAAUUUCGACAGGCUAUUAACACAGUCCAAUUCACACCAUUUCCAAAACUUACUAAGGAAGGUUAUUCCCUCGAAUCAUACAGAGUUGUGAACUCAAAUGUCAAUGAUUUUAUCAUUAAGGAUUUAUUUAAAUACAUCUACAUGAUAAAUGACAUGAAUGAUGCUUUAGGGCCAGUCUCAAAUGGACUUAUUUCAAUUUAUGACGCUUCUGGAUUUACAUUAAGACACUUUCUAAAAUUAGUAUCACAUACAUCAACAGUUUUGCAUUUUUUACACUAUGGACAAGAAGCUACUUGCAUCCAACUUAAGCAAAUUCAUUACGUUAACUGCUCGUCUGUUGUCAGCAAAGUGCUUUCAUUUUUCAAACCGUUCUUUACGAAAGAAGUGAGGGAAAGCAUGCACUUCCACACAAAUCUGGACACGCUUCAUGAGUUUGUCAGCAAAGAAUUUUUACCAAUUGAAUUUGGUGGUUGUAAUGGAAGUUUAGCUGAAUAUGUAGAUUUUACAGUUAAAAACUUGCAUAAACAUCGUGACUUUAUAGCUGAUUCAAAUAACUUCUUUCUUCUUAAUGAAUAA